CAAUCAUGAUUCUUAAAUUUUCCAACCCCAACUCCCUCAAAAACCCUUUAUUUCACCUCUUUCUCUUAGUCAUAGGCACAUCCAUCGGUCUUGUCUCAGCUCUCUGUCUCAAAACCUUCAUCUCCUUCACCUUCCCAUCAUUUUCAAACCCACCACUCCCACUUCUUCAAACACCUCCACCACCAUCACCACCACGACCACCGCCUGCUCAGCCCGUCGUAACAAACUCUGAUAUUCGCAUGACGACGAGGGCAUCCCUCAUGCACAACAUGAGGGAUGAUGAGUUGUUGGAGAGAGCAUCGAGGGUUAGUUCACAAGUAGCGUCGAGCAUUAAUGUUUCUGACAAGUUUGUUCCUAAAGUGGCGUUCAUGUUCUUGACGCCGGGGCCGUUGCCUCUUUCUCCUUUGUGGGAUAUGUUUUUCAAAGGCCAUCAAGGGAUGUACUCCAUUUACGUUCAUCCUCAUCCUUCCUACAAUGAAUCUCUGCCUACUGCUUCAGCUUUCUUUGGUAGAAGAAUCCCUAGCCAGCCGGUGUAUUGGGGUACAAUGUCAAUGAUCGACGCCGAAAGAAGACUUCUAGCCAAUGCCCUCCUCGACACAUACAAUCAAAGAUUCGUACUACUCUCAGAUUCAUGCAUCCCAAUCUUCAACUUCACCACAGUCUACAACUACCUCAUGGGGACAAAUCACAGCUUCUUGGGUUCAUUCGACGACCCCCGGAAAGUUGGCCGGGGCCGAUAUAAUCGGAGGAUGUGGCCGACGAUCACGGUGGAGCAGUGGCGAAAAGGGUCACAAUGGUUCGAGAUCCACCGCGACCUCGCCGUGCAAAUCGUCUCCGACCGGACAUACUACCAAAUAUUUCAUGAGUUUUGCCACCCACCUUGUUACAACGACGAGCACUACUUGCCAACCUUGGUGAACAUUCUUUCGGCUGAGGUGAACUCUAACAGGAGUGUUACGUGGGUGGAUUGGCCUCGGGAUGGACCUCAUCCUAGGAAGUUUGGGUGGGUUGAUGUAAAUGUCGAGUUGUUGCAUAGAAUUCGAUUUGGGUCUGAGUGUAGGUAUAGUGGGAAUGUAACCAAUGUUUGUCACCUUUUUGCUAGGAAAUUCCUGCCUAGUACGUUGAGGGUGUUGUUGAAGGUUGCCCCAUUAGUUCUAGGUUUCGGUUCUUGAUUUUUAGUCUUGCAUGCUAGUCAAUGAUUAAUGUAAUUGC